GCAGGUUCCGUUCUGGACUGCUGCCGUAAAGCAGAAAUCGCCAUAAAGCGGAACCCAUUGACGAUAAUGGGGCACGUUGCGCGAAAAUGAUGUCAAAAUGGCACACGACGUUAAAAAACGCCAUAAAAGCGGAACAAGCGCCUUAAUGCGGGGACUUUCCCUAAUUGAAAGCCGCCACAUUAGCGAAUCGUUGUAAAGCGAAGUGAAGCGCUGUAAAGCGGGCCCUACUGUAUAAAAGCUACUGAUAAAUGAAAUAAAUAAAUAAUGCAGUCAGUUGUAUCCGACUAAGUUACCCUCAUAAAUUAGUCAAGUCCAUUAAUUUCAAUGUGUCUACUUGGAGUAGGACUAACAUUGGUUACAAUCCAAAGAUGCAGAGAAUUAAAAACAUACCAUUAAUGAUUACAGUACUGUCAAAUGCUUUUCCAAAAGGAAAGGUUAGCAGUUGCUACUUUCUUGUUAUUGAAGAUUUAUGCCCAAAAGAAUAAACACACUGUCAUGCCUCCCUCGAAGGACUCAACAAAGGAUGAAGGGGAAUGGGAGACUUCAGACCCAGGUGAAGGGAUGAGCAGAGAGGCAGCUCAAGACCCUUCACCCUCAGACAAGGAGUAGGAUCCUGCAGGAGCCAUCCUAUCAGAUUUAGAGAGCCACAAAAAAGCUACUCCAACCCCAGCAGAGGAGAUGCCAACGGGUGUUGGAACAGGUGUUUCAGAACAACAAGCUCUCAAAAGAGGGAAGGCUGAUUGCAAACACUUGGCCUCAGAUACUGAGCUUAAAAGGCCAUGAGUGGCUUGGGCUCUUGCUGGAAACAAUGCUGGGCCUCCAUGUCAGAUUAUAGCCAGCCCUGCUCAUAAUCUCAUGCCUUCGGCCCGGGCCUGGCCUGCUUGAAUGUCCAGUACCUGGAUUUUGGACUCCCAAGGACUCGUCUGUUCUACAUUAUCUCAGGCUCCAUACUUUUGGCCUUCAAAUUGUUGGGAACCAGAGAACACAGACUAUGCCAUUUAUCUUUGCAAGAGGACCAUGCAGAACAAAGCUAGGCUGGAACUGGCAGAUUAUGAAGCCGAGAACUUGGCAAGACUUCAGAGAGCUUUCGCAAGAAAGUGGGAAUUCAUCUUUAUGCAAGCUGAAGCACAAGUGAAAAUUGACAGAAAAAAGGAUAAAACAGAAAGGAAAAUUUUAGACAGUCAAGAAAGAGCUUUCUGGGAUGUCCAUAGGCCAGUGCCAGGCUGUGUGAACACAACAGAGAUGGACAUCCGAAAGUGUCGCCGUAUGAAAAAUCCUCAGAGGGUCAAAAAGUCAGUAUAUGGGGUUACAGAAGACUGUCAGUCUCAAAGUCCUGUACAUAUGCCCUCUCAACCAGCUCGAAAAACCACAAAAGAUGACGUCCGGAAGCAAAUAACAUUUCUGAAUGUGCAGAUAGACAGACACUGUUUAAAAAUGUCUAAAGUAGCAGAAAGUUUAAUUUCUUACUCAGAUCAGUACAUUGAGUAUGAUCCUUUUAUAACUCCUGCUGAACCUUCCAAUCCUUGGAUAAGUGAUGACACUAUAUUUUGGGACUUAGAAACAAGCAAGGAGCCUUCUCAGCACCGUGUCAAAAGAUGGGGCUUCUCUAUAGAUGAAGUGUUGAAAGAUCCAGUGGGGCGUGACCAGUUUCUUCGCUUUUUGGAAUCAGAAUUCAGUUCUGAAAACCUCAGGUUUUGGUUGGCUGUCCAAGACCUGAAAAAACAACCAUUGCAAGAUGUAGCGACCAGAGUGGAAGAUAUCUGGCAAGAGUUCCUAGCUCCUGGGGCCCAGAGUGCCAUCAACCUGGAUUCUCACAGCUAUGAGAUAACAAGCCAAAAUGUCAAAGACCCAGGGAGGUACACAUAUGAAGAUGCACAGGAGCACAUUUACAAGCUGAUGAAGAGCGACAGCUAUGCACGUUUCCUCCGUUCUAAUGCUUACCAAGACUUGUUGCUGGCAAAGAAGAAGCCCGAGAAUGAGCAAGGUCGUAGAACUUCUCUAGAAAAGUUCACUCGCAGCAUGGGGAAGUCGCUGGCAGGCAAGCGCCUCACAGGCCUGAUGCAAUCUUCUUGACAGCUUCGUCUCGGCAAGCGGUUGCUGGCACCUCCGAAGGACAGCUGCACUCCACCUCCUCCACAAAGGAAAUAUCAUUUGGGGGCAAAUGGGUCACUGUAUGAGUGUGUGUGUGUGUGUAUACGAGAGAGAGAGAGAGAGAGAGAGAGAGAGAGAGAGAGAGAGAAUGAGAAACCAAGAUGGAGAGUCUGGCCCACUGGAGGUUCCUCUUUUCGUCGUUUACAUCAACACUUUUCUUCUUGUAUAGCUUUGUAUGGCUCUGAGUUCUGUCAAGAUAAUACUCUGUAUCUAAAGUGAUUUCAGAGGAGCCCAACUUGUUGUAUGCAGGAUGCGAACUCAGGCAGAGAGAGAGGGAAUUAGGGAUAUGACUUACUGUAGGGGUCUUAGGAGAAAUGUAGGUAAAGAACAGCUGGAUGAGACCAGUAUUUGUAAUGCAGGCACUUUCUCACACUCAUACCUGCUGCUGCAUGUGUAUAGGAAUCAGUGUUCAUCUUCCACUUACCUAGGUAGUCCUGACAUUUAUACUACCUGACCGUGGUUCAUGGUCAUUUUUGCUGACUUGACAGUAACUUCUCAGCUUUGGCAUCCUUUCCAAAAUCUGAAAGAUUUUUUUCUGUUUGAGAGAAUAGUGCACUAUACACCACAGUGUUGCCAUCCUGGAGUGGAAAUGCAGAUUAAAGUGACAGGAAAAUUGUACAAAAUACCUGUACUUUUUGGCCACAUAACAUAGCUCCUGUUGAUCUUCGUCUCCUUUCUCACAACCAUCUGGGUCCAAUAAAAUAAUAAUUGAAAGUUGCUUAUGAAAGAAAGAAAGAAAAAGAAAGAAAAGAAAUAGGAGUAUUAUCUUUCACUCUUUAAUUCAUAGUUUUAAAAGUAUGUCUUAGCUCUUCACUCAUUGUCAGUAAUAUUUAUCCAAAAAUAUGCUUGGGGAUCCUCCACUGCAUAGGAAGAGUUGGCAGCUCAGGAUUUGGUCCAUGCGAGCCAGACUCUAAGCUCCAUGUGAGCUAUCUGAUUUCAGUAGAGUUGGUUUGCAUUUACACAUAAAAAUGUUGGCCUUGCUAAUUGGGCGGUAUUAUGAAACUGUUAUGCCAGGCCUGCACAGCUUGUGUGGUCCAAGCUUAUAUGGUGGCCUACCAAGUGCUUGGCAACCUAUUUGCUGUUACUGUUUUUUGCUGCUCCAGGAAGGCAACAAACACAGGUGGUUUACUGAGCCCCUCACUGGCCACCACCCAUGGCUGGUGAGCUACAUUCAGCUUGGCACAUCACAAGCUGUGGUGGCCUGUUUUAUGCACACACAUUAUGUACAAAUACCCUCUUUGAAAAGGUAAUCAUGGUUUGGGAGAGAAGUUUUUACCUUGUUGUGUGGUUGCACCUUUUGCAUAUUUAUUCCUAUUGUGUCUAUCUCAUGAUUUAGUCACAGUAAACCAAAUUAAUGGACAAUUUGAGUAAUCUCCCAGCACUUUUAGGAGACCAGAGUAUGUGGUCAUUUGUGCUGCUAAAAUCCUAGUAAAGUUAUUUGAGAUGCAAUUGUCCAGGAAUGAAUCAAGUCUCUGUUGGUAGAGAAAGUUUAAAAAACAGUCUAAAACACUUUGGUUUGGUAGUGAAUGGUUUCUUGUGCAAUGUAAUGACAGUCAAGAACUUCCAUCACAGUGUGGCAAUAAAUGAGGAUGGCUUGAGACUUUGUGUGGUAGCUCAGCUAGGAGUGGAAAUGAUCUGGCUGAUUUCUCAUAAUUGUUCUCAGUGCUAAGAUCUGGGAAAUGGGAAAGUACUACAGAGAAACUAGUAAAAUAUUGUAGCAAAAAAUACAAAAAUGGUAUGAACUCUGCUACCAUAAGUGUAAGCUAAAACAAGUUCAAUCUUCCAAAAACAAUUUAGACCUACUUAAUGUCCUAAAGAUGAACACUUUAACUUUGGGUCCUUAGAUGUUGUUGGACUCCAACUCCCAUCAUCACCACCAACAUGGCCAACGGUCAGGAAUGUUAGGGUAUGUGGCUCAACAACAUUUGGGUACCCAAGGUUUGGGAAGGCUGGUCUAAGUUGCGUU